UCGGCCGGCGGUUGGCUGCGUGAGGGCGGGAAGCUCGAGCUGGUCGGCGUCCGUACCUGCUGCGGGGCGCUCGCGGUUGCGGUCGGGGUGCGGGGUUAGUAUUGCUGAAGAUGAGACGAUCAGCAGCACCAAGUCAGGUGCAGGGAAAUUCCUUUAAAAAAACAAGAUUCAUACCUCCGGGAAGAAGUAAUACAGGCAUGAGUAAGGAGAUUGCAAAGAUGGGUCCAGAUACAAAACUGUUUCAGGGUGCUGAACAGUCACAAAAUGAUCCCAAUGUAUGCAGUUCAAAUCCUUGCCGCACUGAGGGAAGCCCUAGGGAAAUGGGUGACGGGGCUAGAGUAGAUCCGCUUCCUCCAGUUCAUUCAGCCUCUAAAGAAAUCAUAGAGUCCAGGGCACAAGAAGAGGAAGGUAGCAGCUCGCUUAAAUAUUUCAGUGUCGUUUGGUGUAAAGCUUCAAAGAAGAAACACAAAAAAUGGGAAGGCGAUGCUAUCCUCAUUGUAAAAGGAAGGUCCUUCACAUUGAAAGAUUUGGAAGGAAAAGAUAUUGGAAGAGGCAUUGGAUAUAAAUUCAAAGAGUUUGAAAAUGUAGAAGAAGGCCAAACAUUGAUGAUUGGUGGGAAGGAGAUAGAAAUCCUGGGUACAGUCUCUUCUGACGACUUCAACAGUGGCAGGUGUUUUCAGUAUGGAAGUGGAAGUCCUGCUGUCCCCAGUUCUCAGACUGUCAGGAAAUGCUUUUCUAAGCCUUUCAAAAGUGUGUGUCAGUCAACCCAGGCAGCAGGAAGCAGACAGAAUGAAGGACAAGACUGCCAACCACGCCAUGACCCAUGCACACCACAUGCCCUUGUUAUGCCUCGACCAGACAAGAGUCACCAGUGGAUGUUUAAUAGGCACGGCUUCCCUAUUGUGGAUGUGGUGAUAGACCCUUACCUUGUACAUCACCUUCGACCACAUCAGAAAGACGGAAUCAUCUUCCUGUAUGAGUGUGUGAUGGGAAUGAGAACAACUGGCAAAUGUGGUGCUAUUCUUGCUGAUGAAAUGGGUUUAGGGAAAACACUGCAGUGUAUCUCGCUCAUCUGGACCCUACAGUGUCAGGGACCCUAUGGUGGCAAGCCAGUAAUAAAGAAGACACUUAUUGUUACCCCCGGAAGCUUGGUGAAUAACUGGAGGAAAGAAUUUAAAAAAUGGCUGGGAAGUGAAAGGAUCAGGAUAUUCACUGUUGAUCAGGACCAUAAAGUUGAAGAAUUUAUCAAUUCUACAUUUUAUUCUGUUCUUAUCAUCAGUUAUGAAAUGUUACUUCGUUCUCUAGAUCAAAUUAAGACCAUACCGUUUGGCCUUCUGAUCUGUGAUGAGGGGCACCGUUUGAAGAACAGUAGUAUUAAGACGACGACGGCCCUUUCCAGCCUCUCUUGUGAGAAGAGAGUCAUUCUCACUGGUACCCCAGUUCAGAAUGAUUUACUAGAGUUUUUCGCAUUAGUUGAUUUUGUUAAUCCAGGAAUAUUAGGGUCUCUAUCAUCUUAUAGGAAAAUAUAUGAAGAGCCCAUCAUUAUGUCAAGAGAACCUUCUUCUUCCAAGGAAGAAAGAGAGUUAGGGGAGAGAAGAGCAACUGAGCUCACGCGCCUCACUGGACGUUUCAUCCUUCGAAGAACUCAGGAAGUCAUCAAUAAGUAUCUGCCCCCUAAGAUAGAGACUGUGGUCUUCUGCCGACCAGGAGAGCUGCAGAUUGCACUUUACCGAAAGCUGCUGAGUUCUCAGUCUGUGAGGUUCUGUCUGCAAGGACUGUUGGAAAAUAGCGCCCACCUCAUCUGCAUAGGGGCCCUGAAGAAGCUGUGCAAUCACCCCUGCCUCCUGUUCAGCUCUGUGAAGGGUAAAGAAUUUAGCUCAAGUUGUAAUGAAAAUGAAGAAAGGAAUCUAUGCCAAGGCUUGCUGUCUGUGUUCCCUGCUGGCUACAACCCUCUGCAGUUCUCUGAGAACGAGUCGGGAAAACUCCAGGUGUUGGUGAAGCUCCUGGCGGUGGUCCGUGAGCUUCGGCCCACUGAGAAAGUGGUUUUGGUAUCCAACUACAGACAAACCUUGAAUGUUUUAGAAGAAGUAUGCCAGCGUCAUGGAUAUGCUUGCGCACGACUUGAUGGCCAAACACCAGUCUCUCAAAGGCAGCAGAUUGUUGAUAAUUUCAACAGUAAAUACUCUACUGAUUUUAUUUUUUUAUUAAGUUCGAAAGCUGGUGGUGUGGGACUUAAUCUUAUUGGAGGAUCUCAUCUAAUUCUCUAUGAUAUCGAUUGGAACCCGGCUACUGACAUCCAGGCGAUGUCUAGAGUAUGGAGAGAUGGUCAGAAACAUCCUGUACAUAUUUACAGACUCCUGACUACAGGUACGAUAGAGGAAAAGAUCUAUCAGAGGCAGAUCAGUAAGCAAGGCCUUUCUGGGGCAGUUGUAGACCUCAGCAAAUCAUCUGAACAUAUCCAGUUUUCAGUGGAAGAGCUUAAAAACUUGUUCACACUACAUGAAAAUUCACACUGUGUUACUCACGACCUGCUUGACUGUGAGUGCGCAGAGGGAAGAGGUCACACCGAUGAUGCAUCGGAAGGCCCGGUCACCUCUAGACAGUGUCAGCGUGGCCCUCAGAAGUCUGACUCCUUGAGACCUCUGUCCAUGUCACAGCUGAAGCAGUGGAAACAUUUUUCGGGAGACAAUUUAAAUCUUCCAGACCCAUUUCUCGAAAGAAUAAGGGAAAAUGUAUCGUUCUUUUUCCAGAAUAUAACCAACCAAGCUCCUGCCAUCUAAUGAAGGACUUCUUCCUAACAUUCCUUUACUCCCCUUAAAAAUUAAUAUAGGAAUUAAAUGUAAUUUUGAAAAUGAACAAAAUUAUUUAAAUUGUGAUAGAGAACUUUGUUUCACGAUAUGCCUAUAUAAAUACAAUAAGAGCUGAGUUGUUUGCUUUCUUGUGCCUUUAAGUGUCGAAAUGAACUGUUAACCGUGUGCCGUCUGCAUCUCUCUGCUCACGCUCCACUCGAGUCCGUGGUCCAUGCACAGCACUUCAUCCUGUGUUGGCAUUUAACUUGCAUUUUCCUGAUUGCUAAGGCUGCUGCACAUUUUUCUGAGUGUUUGUUGAUUGUUUCUUCUAUUGAGAGCUGACUAUGUAUUAUUUGUUAGCCUGUUUAUUGAUGGGAUGAUUUAAGGGUUUUUUUGCUGUUUAAUUUUUGUGGUUCUUUGUCCAUAAAAAUUCGGUAAUUUUAAAAAUUAGGUUCGGUAUUCUAGAUAGGACUCUGGUGAUGGAGUUGCAAAGAUCUACAGACUGUCUCUUCACUCUGGUGAUGGUUUCCUGUGCUGUGCUCAGGGCUUUGUCUUUGUGGUGCUUUUAAAAGUGGGAGGUUAAGGAAGGGACAGCAGGGCAGGAGUGGGUGUGGGCGGUUGAGAGCUGGUGAAGGCAUACACUCUGGAACUGCUGCUUCCUGUCACAUUGUGGGUACACACGUUGUUUCCUCUUAAGAAAACCCCCACCUGUGCCUGUGUCUUGACAGGUCUUUGUAUUCCUUUUGCAGUUUACACAAUUCCAGUUGUGAUUUUGAAUAGAUUUUUGUGCAGAGUGAGAAAGAUGGAUCCAGUGGCCUUCUUCAAAUGGAAGCUGUGAGUGUAGCAGCUCUGAGGGGAAAGGCGUGUCCACUGAAGUUUCCCCAGCAAAGGUGUUGCCACUUUGCUCCUAGGAGAGGUUUCCUCAGUGAAAGCCCUCCUCUGAGGAAAGGACUCCAGCUCUGCUCUGAGAGGUAUUUUGGCAGUCAGGAGCCAAGGAAUACAGCAAAGUCACAGCACACAACAAACUUCACGUGAAAGAUUUAUUGGGAAGAAAAACCCCAAUGUUUUGAGGAGGGCGGCAACUUGAGUUUGGGAACUAAACAGAUGUU